GCGUUCCGACAUUCAGUCUUGAAUUCUCACAACAGUCGAGUGCAUUUCAAGUCUACGAUCAAGUUGCGAAGAUGCCACCUAAAGCAAGCGGAAAAGCUGUGAAGAAAGCUGGUAAAGCUCAGAAGAAUAUUAGCAAGUCUGAUAAGAAAAAGAAGAGGAGGAGGAAGGAAAGUUAUGCUAUCUACAUCUACAAGGUGUUGAAGCAAGUUCAUCCUGAUACUGGAAUUUCCAGUAAAGCCAUGAGCAUCAUGAACAGCUUUGUAAAUGAUGUUUUUGAGCGUAUUGCGGCUGAAGCUUCACGUUUAGCACAUUACAACAAGAGAUCUACCAUCACUUCUCGGGAAAUCCAAACUGCUGUCAGACUUCUGUUGCCUGGUGAAUUGGCUAAACACGCUGUUUCUGAGGGUACUAAAGCCGUCACCAAGUACACCAGUUCAAAAUAAACGCUGCAGCGUCUUAUAAAUCAUCGGCCCUUCUCAGGGCCAACAAUAUUCUCAUAACGUUAAACAACUUGGUUAUAACUCAUUGAAUAUUUUUUAACCCGAAUAUUUUCCAUUGAAUCCUAAAUAAUAAUGAUAAAAUGUGUUGAAUAAUUGAAAAAUUAUACUCUUAUAUGUAUUGAAAAUAUCAUUCGUAGAAUAUUUCAAAAUUUAAAUAGAAUUAUUUCAUUCUAAAAUAGUAGAGUACUUUAUUAGUCAUAAUGAAUCAUUUUGUAAAUAUAAUAAAAAUUAAUAGAAAAUA